AUGCAGCCCUACAAGUUUGGCAACACCUUCACUGACCGAGCUACCGAGCGAGCCAGUAGACCAACUUCAGUCAACGAGGCUUUCGGCGACGUCGAGACCACCAGUCUCAUCAUGUCGACCCACUCCAACGACCAUACUCCCACCCCUGACACCACCUUCGACAUGGUCGCUGGCCCGGUCACCGAGACCGAACAGCGUGGCAGAAGCCUCGUUCGCGAACAGCGCGCCAACAUGGAAGCAAGCCUCAAAUCUCGAUCCCCGGCCAAGACCAUCCGCAAGCGUAGCAACACCGACACGUCCAAAUCUUCGAAGUCCACCAAGGAGGAGCACAAAUCCGCCCUACCAAUCCCACUUUUCUUCGGAAGGAUGAAAAGCAAGCUUGCCAGCAAGAAGUCCAAGGCCAAUCUGCGAGGAGAUGGUCCGAUGACGGUACCUGAUACCAAUAAACCCCUCCCAGCGAUCAGCGUCUCCGCCACCAUCGAGCCGACCGAUCCCUCAUACAGCCAGAUCCCCAACUUCCUGACCAUGCCAUCCCCUUCGCCACGCUUCGCACGCAGCCCAGCUCCGCCCGGGUCCUACUCGCCAUCCUCGCCGUUAAACCCGACAGCUCGCCCGUUCGUGCCUGUCUCUCCCGCGGACGUUGAAUGGCCCCUGCAGUCCUCGAGCCCUGUUCCACCUGUCCAGUUCGUCCCUCGUGUGCCUCGCAAACCAGCAGCGGCCACCAGCACCCUGCCCUCGGGCGUCAUCUUUGCCAACCAGCAAGGCCAGACGCAUUUUAUUGCCCCAGCACGCAAAGAUACGUACGCAUACGUCCAGCAGCCGAAGGUCGUGCCCGCGAGUCCGACGCAUGCGUCCAUGCACGCCAACAUCGUCGAGCAGGCGCCGGCGAUCCCUGUCACGGCCGCUCCCUCCGAAGAGAUCGAGGGAGCAGAGGCGGCGGUGGCAGCAGAGGUGGCCCCACCAGCGGGCGUGACGCUGGAGGAGCUACAGGGAGAGUUGUUCGCGGUCUGUGAGGCGCUCAACAUGCGCGUCGACCAGCUGGAGGCCCGCUUUGGGCGGGUGGAGGCGGCCCUUGGUCGCGUGGAGACGAUGCUGCGAGAGGGUCGGGUGCAGAUGAAGCGCGAUGCGGCGUUUGGUGGGAGAUACCCCGGCGAUGCCAAGAAUUUGUUGGCUUGGAAGUGA